AUGCCAAGAAUUCGAAAUGAUCCAAAUUUCAAUAUCUGUCCGGACUAUGCAUCAAUUAACUUUGCGAACACGAGAGCACAACUCAUUAAUGAGAACAUCGAUGAAGAACAAGCAAUUCAAUUACUCAGGAACAUAUGGCAAGCUAACAACGAGACAGACAAGGUUUUGUGGCAGCAGCAGUUAGCUGAGGACAGAGAGCAGCGGGAGCAUGCACAAAGGAUACAAGAAGACGAACAGGAACAAGUCGAACAAGAACGCAUCGACGAAGAAGAUGCCGCACACAAGGAGGAAAGGAAGAAGAAUAAACAUAAGUAUAUUCCAAUCCUGGACACGGGCAUUCCGGACGAACCAUCUGUCACACCUUGCUCAUACGUUCUUCGUAAACUAGACAAAGGUGAAUACAUCAAAAUGUGGUAUUUCACAAACGAUGGGCUAGACGAGGCAUCAAUCAAGAAGACUAUAGACGAUGACGCCAUGGUUCUAUCAACCUUGGCGGAUGGAUCUACAGCCUGGAUCUCUUCGGCAUCAGCGCAUAACGCUAAGUCGGUUAUCAAUGAUGAGAACUUACCGUUCGAGGAAUUUUGUCAAGCAUGUCCUCGCUUUCUAGUUGCCUUGGAAGAAGCGAACUGGCCGGAAGAUCGAAUCAGAAUGAUGGCACUGUUCUGGAGGAACAUACAAGUGCACAAGUAUUGUUCUUUGCGAGAUCCAAUAGCGCAAAAGACUCUUUUGGUCUAUCAGGCCGAGCAACGCAGAUGCUGGCACGUAGCAGCGAAAUCCUCGACAGGACCAUAUAACAUUUCGACGGUUAAUGAAAAAGUACUGGCAGACACGAGGGAGAAAGUAUACUGGGAAGAACGGCUCAAGAGAGACAACGCACGCGAUUAUAAGGUCAGUUUAUAA